AUGAUGGCAGACGACCUCGGCGUCGGUGACACAAUUUCUCUUGCUCGCUUGCCCGCGCUUGGGCGGCUCGCCGAGGAGGGGACCAUCUGGCGGCGCGCGUACCAGGCCGGCGUCACGUGCAGCCCGAGCCGCGCAGGCAUGUUGACUGGCCGGAAUCCCGCGCACUACCAGACGUGGGGCAGCAAGGCGCCGUACGAGGAGCCUACCAUCACCGGCCUCCUCUCCGCCGCCGGGUACGCAGUUGGCCACUUCGGGAAGUGGCACAUACGGGGCUCGCCCUCUUCGUGGCAGCGCCACAAUGCCAGCGCCGCAAUGGGGAUGCACGUCGUGCUGAGCAAGCGGGCCGAGCUGGCUUGCAUCGCUCGGCACACGAAGAGGCCCGCGAGCCGUCCGAUGCCUCGCCUCAACCCCCUCCAUCGCUGCAACGCGUCGGACACCUUCUGCACUGCGGCCGCCUUCCUCGAGGCGACGCACCGCCACCGCCCAGUCUAUCUCAACGUGUGGCCGCGGACGCCGCACGACCCUGUCUUCCACUGCGAGCCGUGGGCGGUCAAAUCGAGGCGGCCCUACGCCGCCGCCUGGCUGCCCGACGCCGCCCGGACCGACCCCUUUCUGCACGCGCGCCUCGCCCUCGCCGCGCGCGGGCUCGGGGUCGACACGCGCCAGGCUGUCGAGAUCUACGCACGCGCGCUCGAGGGGCUCGACGCCGACGUCGGCGCGCUGCUCGCCGCUCUUGACUGGCUCCGCAUCGCCGAUUCAGCCAUCGUAGCCUUCACCUCGGACCACGGACCCUCCUACCCGGACGAGAUUGUCGGCCGCUCGAGCCCGUUCAACAUGGGCUCGACGGGUGGGCUCCGCGGCGGGAAGGGGAGUGUCUACGAGGGCGGGAGCCGCGUGCCCUUUCUGCUGCGCUGGCCUGGCCACGUGCCUGCCGGCCGCGCCGCCACCGCCAGCGAGGCCCUCUCCGGCCUCGACUGGCUCCCCACCAUCCGCGCGGCGUGCGGCCCGCGGUGCUCCGAGUCGGGCGCCGCCGCCCCCUCGGCCGCCGCCUCCGUCGCGCGGCUGGGCGACGGUCAGUCCGCGCUCUCGCUCUGGCGGGGCGAGGGGGUCGCGGCUCGCCGCCGCCCUCCCCUCUUCUGGGCGCCGCUCGGCUUGGACUACCGCCUCGGGGACGAGUGCGGCCCGUUUGUCGCGGUGGAUGGCGCGUGGAAGGCCGUGGUCUACUCGACCAACGCGAGCUUGCGGAGGGCGGGCCGGCCGGAGAGGUGCUCUAGGCCGGCCGGGAGAGGGCCAGGGCUCGAGGUCGGGUGGGAGCCGCUCGUGACGAGGGUCGCCUUUGGCGGGGCCGUCCCCGCCGCCGAGCCGCUCGGCGACGGCGCGCUCGCGGAGCUGUACCACCUCGGCGCCGACCCGCGGGAGGGCGCCAACGCCCUCUCCGACCCCUCGCUGCGGCAGAGCGCCGCCUCCGUGCUGCGUCGCCUGCGCGCGCUCGUCGGCGCGUGGGCGAGCGGCCUGCCCUGGCCACCGAACUGCCGCCCGCCGCCGUGCCUCCUGCACGGCCGCCACGCCGCCGCCUCCGACGCGCUCGCCGGCGGCCGGCGCCGUGGCUAUGCUGGCCGCAGCCACACACCGCCUGGGGGGGCACGCUACGCCUCCUUUGCCGAGCGGGAGUUGGCGUGGGCGCACCUCGCGGUCAGCCGCGGUGGUAAGGGCGGGGCGGGCUGGCCAAACAAGUCGCUGCCUGAGUGCGCGUACGCGGCCCGCGCCUGGCGACGAGCGGUCUAGCCCCAUGUUUUCGUCCUAGGAACGUGAAAUCUCGGGGGACGCGACCCACUUCGCCACAGACGGUCCCACGCCUCGCCACUACGGCACUACACGACCGGCACCGCGGCUCGGUGUGACGACUGACGUGUGUGCUGUGUGUUAGGGGGUAGACAGCGCCCCAAAAUCC